CAUGUUUGUUAUAUAAACAAAGUCACACCGAAAAGUGAAAACUGUAUUGAACAUUGAAAGCUUGCAAAUAGACGUUAUACAAUAAAGACAUAUAAUAUUAACAUAAGUAUUCAUUAAAAUAAAUAACUUUAGUUUUUUGUGUAUUGUCUGAUUCAUAUAAAACAAUUUUGCCUUUUACCAAACCGUUUCAAUGGACAUUUGCAAUUGAAAAUAGCAUUAAUUUUACCAUGUCGAAAGCUCGUGGAAUAUUUCAAUUAUAUCAAAAACUCCUUACAAAUCGGCCUUAUUUAGUGCAAGCUAUCCAAGCAGGAACAUUGAUGGGUGCUGGUGAUGUUAUUUCACAAACUUGCAUAGAAUAUAAAAGUUUUGAAAAUUUCGACUUUAAGAGGACGAUAAAAUUUUCAAGUAUAGGUUUUUUUGUUGGAGGCCCAGCUUUACGAGCCUGGUAUGGAUUAUUAAACAAACAUGUUGGAGUUGGUGGUAAAACAGUGGCAAUCAAGAAAGUAUUCGUAGAUCAAGCUAUAUUUGCACCAGGUUUUUUAUUUUUUAUAUUAAUUGCUGUGGGUACAAUGCAAGGGAAAUCUUGGGAAUCUAUUAAAACUGAUAUAGAUGCCAAUUAUUUGGAUGUUCUCAAAACAAAUUAUUAUAUUUGGCCAUGGGUGCAAUUAGCUAAUUUUUAUUAUAUUCCAUUACAAUAUCAAGUAUUAAUUGUACAGUCAGUUGCACUUUUUUGGAAUACUUAUUUAUCAUGGAAAACGAACCAUAAAAGUUUAUUAGAAUAAAGCUGUUUUAAUGUAGAGUAUUGCAAUUUUUUUAAUAUGUGAAUAAAUAAGUUUGUAGCAACAAAAAGG